AUGGACUCCUCCACGAAAAUAGAUGCGCUAGCAAGCGCCAUAGUCGCACGAUUUUUGAGGUCUAAUAACUACGCCGAGACCCUACAGGCCUUUAUUCGCGAGGCAGACCUCCCGGUGGACGUGGGGCAAAGCUCAGGUGACGACACACACAAUUUGACUGUCCAGAAGUUGCUUGAAGAGAAAAAAGCAUUUGACCAUACCGUCAACUUUGAGCGAUAUGGGGAAUCCGGCAAGGGGAAUGACACAUGGACUACGCCAGCGCCGUCUAAACCAAUCAAUAUUCGAACUCCAACUUCGUCAAAUAUCCUUACUGCAUCUGUAGAGAAAUGGCAGUACUCCAACAAUGGCACGGAUGCUGAUAAGUUAGCGCAGCCUUUGAUUGCCUCCACGGGCGCCGACAGACAGGUACAUUUACUCGAGACUGGAUCGGAACAUGCCUCUCUUGCUUCAUUAUCUGGUUUAUCUGAUUCACCAGUACUUUCAUAUGUAUCCAUUCUUCAAGGCCAGUACAUCCUCAUGGCCAAUAUGUCUGGACACCUUUCACUGCAACAUAAGUCUCGCAUCUUAGACACCAGAAAAGAUCACGCCAAAUAUGUUGUGAAGGUGAUUGCUUACGAGGACCAGACUGAAUCUGGCCGUCGAAAAUUCUGGAUUGCUACCGCGGGCUGGGAUGCGAAUGUCUUUCUAUACCGACUCGAAAUUCCAGCUGAAGAAGAAGAAGAAGAAGAAGAAGAAGAAGAAGAGACAUACUCACCACCUAUCAUCGGAGAACCAGUGGCACGCAUCAAGUUAUCGACCAACCCCGAGUCUCUUCUUUUCGUACCGCAUGUCGAUUCCGGCGAAUUGAUGCUACUCGUUUCCCGCCAGGAUUCAACCUAUAUCUACUACUAUCAAGUUUUAUCAUCGGCCUCUGAGCUUCCUCUUGUUGGCAAACAAAAUCUUGCUCCCCACUCUAAUGCUUGGGUCGCUUUCUCUCCAGCGCAUAUGGCACUUAGCCCAAAUGAUCCUGGGUUGAUCGCCGUUGCCACAUCCACACUUCCGCAUCUCAAAGUGAUGGUCGUGCGACUUUUGUUCCCAUCUGCAAACUCGCUGAAUGACACUCAGAUAUUUGCUGCAGACAUGGCGGUGACGCAGACAACACAGGCACUUGAAGCUUUGAAUAUCCAGAAUCGCGAAGAUGCGGCUAUAUUGCUGCAAGCAAAUACCUUCGCCCCACAGACAGCGUACUCGACUCCACAGGUUGCGUGGAGACCCGAUGGAACGGGCCUUUGGGUGAAUGGGGACGAUGGCGUGGUGAGGGGAAUUGAGACCAAGACUGGUAAGCUGAUGGCUACACUGAAAGAUGGGCAUGAGCCUGGAUGCAAGGUGCGAACUAUUUGGGCAGGGUAUGUUCCAGUAGCUAGCAAAGACGGAAAUCCAGCUCAAGAGGAAUGGAUAAUCAGUGGAGGAUUCGAUAAAAGAUUGAUAGUUUGGAAAGUGUGA